CUGUGGCGAUUGCAUGGCUGUGUGCUCGAUUUUCUACACCUGUCAGUAACAGAUGUGGCUGAAAUACCUGAAUCCACUCAUUUGAAGGAGAGUACACAUACUUUUGGAUAUAUAGUGUCUCUCUUUACUCAUCCUCACCCACUCCUCUCUGUUCUCCCCUUCUCUACCCUCUCUCGCUCCUGUUACUGAAUCUUCCAUCUCUCUCUCUCUAUCCUCUCCUCGCUCCCUCCCUGCAGAUCAAGUGAAUGCACUCUGACAGCCGACUGUGUAUUCUAGUUGCUAGCACACUGCGCCAAACAAUGCAGUACAGAGGGCUAGUAGGCAAGCCAGGCUCCUUUAGCUCGACACAUAAUAAUAAUAAGAAGAAGAAUUUGUCCUAUUUCAUGUGUUAAUUGGAAAUGUGUUUUUUGCUUAUCCCAACUCUCCCUGAGACGCCCUCGGAGAGUGGAGUCACUGCAAGGGUCUGCUAUUAUCAACGGCGACCCUGGAGCAAUUCGAGUUAUGUGUCCCUCAAGGGCCACAGACAACAAUGUGGAGGCACGGUCCAGAGUGCUUGCAGAAGAUGAGACAUUUGGACUGGAGUUAAUGUUGACCUGAUGAGUGAUGAGGAGUAUGGCCUGCAAAUGGCAAACCAGUGUGGUUUGUCAAGCCCCUCCCUACUUCCGGAGUCAGGUGCUCUCUGCCCUUUGUCAAGAACUGCAGUGCCGCUUGGAGAGGGACCAGUGCCGCUUGGAGAGGGACCAGAGCUACUUGGAGAGGGACCGGAGCUACUUGGAGAGGGACCAGAGCUACUUGGAGAUGGACCAGAGGUACUUGGAGAGGGACCGGAGCUACUUGGAGAGGGACCAGAGCUACUUGGAGAGGGACCGGAGCUACUUGGAGAGGGACCGGAGCUACUUGGAGAGGGACCAGAGCUACUUGGAGAGGGACCGGAGCUACUUGGAGAGGGACUGGAGCUACUUGGAGAGGGACCGGAGCUACUUGGAGAGGGACCGGAGCUACUUGGAGAGAGACCAGAGCUACAGUGCCAUGCGAAAGUAUUCGGCCCCCUUGAACUUUGCGACCUUUUGCCACAUUUCAGGGCUGCUGAGCUCUGUGCUUAACCCUUCCAUGACCACAGCUGACCACAGCACACCUGUGUAA